UGCUCGUCCCGCCGCUCGGUUCCUCCCAGAAGAUGGCGGCCUUCAGAUGGCAGCUCCUGGCGCUGGCAUUGUUCUUUACUUCUGAUCUGCUGUUGUGUCUGAUCUCUGCGAACGAGGACACGAAGACCACGGCCCAGCCGCCUCCUCCUCGGAAGAAGAAGGACAUUCGCGAUUACAACGAUGCGGACAUGGCACGGCUGCUGGAGCAAUGGGAGAAAGAUGAUGACAUAGAAGAAGGGGACCUUCCAGAACAUAAAAGACCUUCAGCACCAAUAGAUUUCUCUCAAAUUGAUCCAGGCAAACCAGAGAGCAUAUUGAAAAUGACAAAAAAGGGAAAAACCCUUAUGAUGUUUGCAACAGUGUCAGGAAAUCCCACAGAAAAGGAGACUGAAGAAAUAACCAGCUUAUGGCAGGGGAGUCUUUUCAAUGCCAACUAUGAUGUUCAAAGGUUUAUUGUUGGGUCAGAUCGUGCUAUCUUCAUGCUUCGAGAUGGCAGCUAUGCUUGGGAGAUCAAAGACUUUUUGAUAAGCCAAGAGAGAUGUGCUGAUGUAACUGUGGAGGGGCAGGUAUAUCCUGGCAAAGGAGGAAGUAAAUUAAAAAAUAAAACAAAGCCAGAGAACAAGAAAAAGGAGGGAGAUAAAACUAGGUCCUUUAAAGAAGACAAUCGAGCCUCAAGGCAGAGAGAUGAUCUAUGACAAACAUAUUAAUGGAACUUUGAAAGGAGCAAUUAGGAAGACAUCAGCAUUUUUACAGUAACUUGAGGAUUGGGGAAUUACAAACAAUACAACCGAUUACAUUUAUUUCUGUGAAAUUCUCAGUUGGGGUUAGGUGAGUCAUCAGGGAUUAUGAUGUUUAAAAGACUUCAGUGUAAAGAUGGAAGUUUACUUAUUAAAUUUGAGUUGUUUUUAGCCACAGGAAAGUUAAUACUUAAAAUCACUUUAAACUGUGACAUAUUUAUGCUUCUGUUUAAAAUUGACAGGUCACUUGUCCAUUGUGGACUUUCCUCCAUUAUAAACAAGUAAAAACAAGGUCAUCACUGUUAAAAGAAUACUUUUCCUGUCCUAAAAAGAACUACUAGAAAUCUUUCAAGCCAGUUGGGCUUUUUUGUGGUUAGGAAAAAAGAUGUGUUAGAAGGUUAUGUUCACAUGAGCCAUUAAGACUUUAUUGACUCAAUUAAGUGAAAUUCUUAAUGCUAGAUACCCCUUUCAUUAUAUUGCUGAGAAACUGUUGAGAUUUAAAAAGUGUUAUAGAAGGAAUUCAUUGGGCUUACAUUCUUGGGAACUGGUUCUGGAGCUUCUAAAAGGUUUUAUAUAGGAGAGUAAAGGUUCACAUUUGUUCAAAGAAUCCAGGAGUGAGUAGAUUACUACUGAUUUGUUAGAAAAGAGGAAAAAAAAAUGUUAAAGCCUUGCAGUUUCUGGUCAAAGUAUAGGAAAGGUUUCUCUUAAUUCUGUUUAAUUUUUAUUUUUUUGUUGAAAAGAUGAUGGUCUAGGGUCAGUAUUGUCUGGACUGCCAAUGUUCAUGCAUAUGCUUUUCUUGUUUCCUCAGCAUUUAGAAAAGUAACUUUAAAGAUUUGUCAUAAUAAUUAAUGAGCAUUUGUAUUUUUACAAAAUUGGGCAGCCUUUUUAGAAGUUUGUAAAUAUUCAUGAACAGCAAAGUCCAUUCCAGCAUUCAGCACAGUAUUGGAUUAUUUCAUUUGUUCCUAAAAUGAUUGAUUUUUAAAAGUGCCUAAUUCUCUUUUCAUGAUUUUGUUUUGUAUGGUACUUACAUGGUACUUUGUUAUUGACUGGCUUUGCUUUAAUUGCCUGCUCAUGAAUGAGUUGUGAAAUUUAUAUACAAUUGUAAUUUUUAAGAAUUAAAAUUAUUUGAAAAAUCUGAAAA